UUCACUCUCUCCUAUCCCUGGCUGUUCCCUGAGUCGGUUCGUUGGCAGGUCUCCAAUGGACAGACAUCUAAAGCAAUUAAGACAAUCAAAAGAGCUGCCAAAUGGAACAGAGUUUACAUUCCAGAGGAAUAUCUGUACACUAGUGAAGACCCAUUUCCAACCAGUACAUCUCGGACAUGUGAACCAAUAAGACAUUUCGGACCAUUAGAUAUACUAAAGCACCACAUUAUCCGUGUCUGGGCUCUCAAUCUAUUCUUCAUUUGGUUCACCACAUCACUGGUCUAUUAUGGGCUCUCAUUUCAGGCACAAAACAUUGGAUCCGAUAUUUACGUGACGUUUGGUUUCUUAGCGUUGGCUGAAAUCCCAGCCAUUAUUUUGGCCACAAUUGCGAUGCAGAUAUACGGACGCAAAAUAGUGUUGUGUUUAUUGCUGAUAAUGGGCGGCAUAUCGUGCAUAACACCGGUGUUUCUGUCCGACUAUUACAACGCAUACAUAACAGUGUGCGCUGUUUUGGGCAAAAGCAUGAUUGCGGCCGCCUUUUCACUCAUUUAUGUCUAUUCUGUGGAGAUAUUCCCAACUAUUCUGCGAAGUUCUGGUCUCGGGAUGUGUUCAAUGAGCUCAAGGAUUGGAGGAAUUCUUGCGCCACAACUCAUAGGACUUUCGGACAGAAACACCGGUGUUAUGCACGAUAUGCCGCCCAUUAUCAGCAAUAAACACAACACUAUUUUGCGUCCGUAUAUCUGCAUCGCAAUUGUGGCCAAAAUAAUGGCUGGGAUUUCAGCCAACGCUAAGAAACCAAACGUCACGUAA